AUGUUCAAAAUGAUGGGUGAGUUGUCAAAUUACUUUCGCUCGAAGAAAGACCGCUCACCAUCCCCGUCGACAGACGACACCGAACAAACAAAAGUUGUUCUUAAGAUUUUGAAAGACGAAUACAAUGUCGAAGAAAGGCUCACAACUUUAAUAGAGAAAAACUUUGUUGGUGUUAUUCAGGAAAAUCCUUGUUGCUGUCCAAAUAGCAGAAUUUUGUAUUGGAGCUUGUCUGGCGCAACAAGAGAAAUUAUCAGCAUACUUGUCGCACUUUAUAAACAGUCGGACAUCAACGAAAAGGUGGUUAAAGGGAUAUUAUUCGGUGUGUCUUCUUUUACUGCGCCUCAAGCGCUAUUUUAUUCCAACAUCAUCUUGUCACUCGAUAAGAUGAAAGAACCAAUUGGUGAACCCACGUACGACAUGAACGGGAAGAUUAUCACACUCACCCCAAAGUCGUUAUUUUAUUGUGCAAUUAAUGAGAUAGAGGGUGAUAAAAUAAUGAAUUUGUUUCUGUUCUCGUUCCGCUUUUGGGACGACGAGAAGGUAGUGUUGGAGUGGUGCGAAGAGGAGUACACCCAUUGUGUGGUUGAAUGGGAAUUGGGAGAGGGCGUUAAAGACUAUUUGGGUCGUAUUGAGAACAUCAUGUUACAUGUACUUAAGUACUCGAAAAUGAAGGACGAAGUGCUAAAGGAUUACGUAGAGAAGUAUGUGAACGACUCGAGGUUUUCCAAGUAUUUUAUAAGUCGAUUGAAUGAAGAGUUUUACCAGAAGAAUACAAAUUCAGACGUGCCAAUCAAAGAGAAGAAGAAGAAGCGAAAAGAGAGGAGAUACAUAAGUCAGAGCGAAGAGCCCGAAACGGCUUUUAUCAACGACGAAAAGGAGAUUGUUAUAGUACACAAGAACAAUUUGAUGGAAAUCCACCCGAAAAUUGUCGCGCAACAGAUGGCAAUUUUCGACGAGUGGAAUUUCCACCAGAUUGAUGUGAAGUCUUUUGUGUUUAAUGAGAACAACGAACAAGUCAAUUUGUACAAUCGUCGCAUUCAGAGUGUGCUUCAAAUGGUCAAAGCUCUUUUGGUCGAUUCAAAAGCAAUGAAAUAUUUCAUCCAAGUCGUCGAAUACUUUGUUGAAAUGAAAGAGUACAAUUUAGGCUUUGAAAUGAUGAAAGUGAUCGACUCUGUUCUUGAAACAAAACCAACUGAAAACAUGUGUGGUAGUGACAUUCAAAGUGAUUGGGAACAAAUACACCAGUUGUUCUCGCACUACAAAAAUUAUAAAAUGUAUCGUAUUGACCUCAGCGAAGUGCCAGUUGGAGUGCCAAGAAUCCCAAUCAUACAAGUCUGGAUCGAGGAUACAAAGAGCGUUGAGUUGUCGUCGAUAUUCAACUGCGAGCAAAAAACCAUCGACAUGUCGUUGUUGGUUGAGGUGUCGAAAACAGUUUCAACACUCAUACACUCACAACGGGUCAGCUUUCCAUUCACUUCAAAUUCGUGUUUUCAGUUUUACUUCAACUCUCUUUUGUAA